GUCUGGGGGCAGCGCUGAUCUGCCUAGAAGUUGAGACGCUCUUAACGCAGACGCGCAGCGAGAUUUGCUGACAUUCAUCUGCUCGCUGCAUCAGACUGGACUCGAACACUUCACCUGCGAGGAGAGAGGAAGAGAAGGUGUUCCGAUCUCUUACAGCCUGCUACAGAAGAGCGAUGGAUCCGUGGAGAAUCGCAGCUUUGCUCCUUGCUGCCUGCCUCGGCGCGUCAGCUUCAGACCAGUUCGAUACGGAGUGUUAUACAGCAAAUGGAGAGGACUACAGAGGUCGACAGAACCAGACAAGCCUGGAAGGAGGAAGACCGUGCCUUUUCUGGAAUGAGACUUUCCAGCAUCCAUACAACACCAUCAAAUACCCCAAUGGAGAAGGAGGUCUUGGACCACACAACUUCUGCAGGAACCCAGAUGGAGAUGUUCGGCCGUGGUGUUAUAUCGCAGAUCUCGAGGACGGAAUCUACUGGAAAUACUGUGAUAUUCCGACCUGCCAAAUGCCUGGUAACCUGGGCUGUUUUAAGGACAGCGGUGAUCCAACACCUUUAUCUGGAGGCUACCAGACCUCCAACAAACUCACCAUUCAGAACUGCAUCAGCUUCUGCCGCAACCAAAGAUACAAGCUUGCCGGUAUGGAAUCAGGCUAUGCUUGUUUCUGUGGCAACGACAUUGAUUACCAUCGUCACGGUGACGCUCCGAGCACAGAGUGUAACCAUGUGUGUUUUGGAGAUCACACUCAGCCAUGUGGAGGCGACGGGCGCGUCAUAGUCUUCGACACAAAAGUAGGUGCUUGUGGGGGAAACUACACAUCGCCCUCCGCAGUGAUCUACUCUCCUGAUUUCCCGGACAAAUACAAACCUGGCAGGGUCUGCUACUGGACCAUUCAGGUUCCAGGUGCUUCUGUCAUUCUGUUCAACUUUACUUUCUUCAACAUCGUGGAUCAGACUGAUAUGGUGGAGCUGUUGGAUGGCUUCUCCAAUCAGGUGGUGGCGCGAUUCGAUGGCCGCAAUCCACCGCGGGACAUCGUGAACGUCACUGCAGACUUUGUCAUUUUGUAUUUUUACUCAGACAGGACAAACGAGGCGCAAGGAUUUUCUGUUCUUUAUCAUGCUUUAAGCAAUCAAGCCGUCACACCUCUGGAGGAGGAUGAUGAUGGUGAUGAAGAGGACACCAGUACAGUGCAGCCGCAUACGGGAAGCACUACGGCAAAAUCAAACACCAGUCAGAAUGGAAAAUCCUCCCUCCGGUACUAUGUUAUCACAUCAAGUCCUGCAAACAUGCCAGGUCAGUGGCAUGAACCGGGCCGGACCGCGGGCCACAGCACCAUGUGGACCAUCUACGCAUUAGCUGCUCUGCUAACGCUAACAGUCAUAGCCAUGGUGGCUAAGCUGCUCCUGCAUCUUACUGUAAAAUCCCCGUCCAUCCCGUCAAUCAGCGGGUCGGAUUCGUGCGCGCAGAGCACCACGUCUGAACCCUGGAUCAUCUUCUACAGACCUUCCACCAUCUCUCUGUUUAAGAAGAAACUCAAGAACCACCAUGGAGACCUCAGCCCUCUCGUGGGAAACUAACCUCACCGCCUCUGACCUCUACGGCUGCUUUAGCCCCUAAAGGAUGCACACACUGUACGCAAUGCUGGUCUUCUGCUGCUGGAUCCGAUCCAUGCUUAAUUCACUUCAAACGACCAGCGCAGGGCCCAGACUACACGUGCCGAUCGGUUGUUGGUAAGAAACUGUGCAAAAAGAGCUCGCGCUUACUCUCAAUUUGCAUCUUAACCAAUCACAAAUCAUGUGACAGGUGCACAUAUGCACCGAGCGAUUUGAUUAGCAAAAGAGUGCUGGGAUGCUUCUGUUGCCACAGACCAAUACGAACAAAUGACCAUUGCUGAAAAAUGGAUAGUCGUUUCUCUAGGUGCGAUCAGCUGAUAAGCGUCUGCAUUAGAGACUCUCUGUGGAGCACACACUGAAAGACAAAACCACUUACGUAACAAAAAUAACGCCACGGUACCCAACCAGCCCCUGUGGAGGAGAGAUACCAUUCUGUUUUUAACCUCUAAUGUAGGUCACCUGUUGUUGAGGAGCACAGAACUCCUUUCUUCAGAUGUAAGAGAGCUGGCUGAACCGGCGGAGGAUUGAUGUCACAAUCACGUCGAGAGCAAUUCGGACUCAACAAGAAAGCCUCGAGAGAGAGGUGGACGGCGGAGAACCAAAGCCUGAAAUUGCUACAAGUUGGGCGAUGUUCAAAACGAGCUGACAUCCCUGUGGACCUCGCUUUCGUCUCUUGUCGUUUGCGUUGGGUUUUGAUCUUUCUGCAUUGCCUUUAAGUGCCUUCAGGACUGAAAAAAACCCUCUUUUGUCUGUCUUCUAAGCUGUCACAAUGUCUCGAUGAUGUAAACAAGCAUUGAUCCUUCGGAGCAUUGAAUUGCAAAUGAGAAUAAGCACUAAGGAUGUGUUUUUUCUUCUUGGGGAUUCUCGAGAUUAAUGUAGUCCUGUGGGUGUCAUUGGGCAUAUUAUUCUUGUCAGGUUUUCGACUUGAGCAAGAGAAGCAUUGUGAUGAACGUUGUGUAAUUCUGUGUGGGAACAAUCGAACGUCAUCCCCUUUCAUUUCACUCUCCAACAGAGGCAGUGGUGAAAUUCUUCCAAAACAAUUUGCUCUUUCUCCCCCUUCACCACAACUCAAGCUUUCACGUUCUGAAGCACUUUUCCAGCCGGCAGAAAGCCAUGCGGAUCACUGCACUGCUUGCUGCGAGGAGUGAGGACGCUUCCUGCGAGGGAACGCGCAAACUGGUUAAAAAGGAUAGUUGGCCCUAAAAUGAACAUUUUGUCAGCAUUUACUCGCACUCGUGUCGUUCCAAGCCUGACUUUCUUGGAACGCAAAAUAAGAUAUUUUAAAGAAUGGUUUACUUGAUCCAUACAUGUCAUUGAAAGUCAAGAGGGGAAAAAACAAAAAAACAAAAAAACACUGUGCCUCAUUCAUGAAAUCUUUUUUUUGUGUGUAAACCGCUCUGACGCAUUUCCAAAAGUGUUUUUGUAUUUUCUAAAUGUUUAUUAGUAUGAAAAAAUCUGCUCCCAACCAUGCAUAAAAAGUUAACAUUAGUUUCCAGUUUAUUAUCGAUUAUUCUGAGAACCAGUCGUAUUUGUCCACUUUUACUGAAUAAUUUGUAAAUUAUAAAAUUAACAUUUAUUCAAUUAAAAAUGAAUUCACAAUGAUUCACUGAUAGGUACGAUCUCUGUGAACCCAUGAAUCAAUUUUUGUAGACAUUUUUAUUAACACUUUAUUGAAAGACUUCAUGUAUAAUGCAUUAUAAAAGGUUAUUAAAGGGUAGGCUAUAAUGCAUUAUAAGUAUUCAUAAUGUGCGUUGUAAUACAUUAUAGCUUGUUGUUAAUAAUCAUAACUGAAUUUAAAAUGCAUAGUGUAACAAUUAACUGAUAAGUGUUAUAAUGUAUAACUGAGGUUACAAUUAUUCAUGAGAUUGUGCCGUGCAUUAAGGUGUAUCACAAGGCGUAAUUAAUGCAUUAAAAAUGACUUUUAUAAUGCAUUAUACAUAAAGGAUUUAAGUAAAGAGUUACCACAUUUUUAAUCACAUAUUUGUAUAAUGCAAAGUCUCUUAUUGGCCUGAUUAACCAAGCUCUCCAUAAAGCAAACAAAAAAGUCCUGCAAAUGAAUAAUAAGUAUUAUACAGACACUUCAUAUUUGGUUUGUAAAAUGCUUUUAUGCAUGUUUGAGCUGAGGUUUUGUUAUAUUUACACCAGCAGGCAUCACCAGAUUUUGGUGUUUCGAGCACUUCAAGUGAAUCAUUUUGUGAAGCAAUUGGUUCAAUUGUUUCAAAGUUUUGAAGUAACUGACACACAUGUUUUACUAUUGGUCUGAGCUUUACAGGGCAUUUCUGAAUUUGGAGGAGAGUUUAUGGGAAUGUCUGUUUUACAUGCAAAUUACUCCCAAUUUAGACUGCUUAUGUGGCCCAUUGCACCCAAAUUGUAUGGACAAAAAAGUGAGUAAAUGAUGACAGAAAUUUCAUAUUUUUUCAACUAUCCUGUUGAGUGUCACAACAUGUAGCUGGCAGUUCACAGCACUUGCACAGCCACCAGUCACAGGUCAACAGUUUUAUAUUUAGUUAUGUGUGUAGUACUUCAUGUAAGCUUUAGAAAUAUCGUAAAAGGCCUUCAUUUAAAAAUCCUUUUGAGAACAUUCACGUGGGUGAUCAGCAUUGCCAUGUUUGUGGGUACGUCAAUAAUGCCACAAUUACUGUCAAAAACGAUUUAACAGUCACUACAUUAUGCACUUUAUUACCGAAGUACUUAUCCUGUGUAAUGUUUUAUGCACAACCAAAAGCGUUUUUAAUUUUACUUAAAAAAAGAUUAUAUCUCAGAUCACAUCUUUUGAAAUUCAAUAUAUUGUAUAACAAAACAAAUCUGUAAAAAAAAAGCCUCAGUUAAGCAAUCCGCCCAUCCAAUGCAAGCGCAAAGAUCUGGCUUUUCCUCAAUCCAAACGUAUUUGCCUGACCUGAUGCUGUAUUUUGGUCUGCAGUCUGUUAAUUAUUGCAUACUUCGUCAUACCCUUAGCUCUGCCGUGCCCGCGGCUGCCCAUGCAUACUAAAGUGUCACUGGUCACAGAAAGAGAGAGACAAACCCAAAGUGACAGGUUAAAUCUAACAAGGUCAUAUUCGUCUGGAAAGGCUGGUGAAUAAUGCAGAAACCAGGCAUCCAUCGCAAAGCCCGAAUGCCAUAGCACUUUUAUCAGUGGAAAAAAGUGUCAUAUCCUUCUGUGGUCUAUCACAAUGUCAGUGGGCUUUCCUUCUGAGAAACCAAGAUAGGAAUCCCUCCAGUUUUGGGAAAGGGUGCUUCCAGGGAUUAUAUAAAAAAGGAUGUUGUUUUCAUUUAAUUGUAAAUAAAAUAGUGAGAAUUUUAAUUUAUGCCAUAAAUUAUUGUUAUUUUGGAUGUAAAAUGGGAUAUAAUCUAUCUUUUGUAUAAGUACCUUUGUAGUUUUUAUUUAAUGUGUCCUGAGUGCAAAAAUAAAUAUGCAUGUUUCUUA